CGGCCAUGGGCUGAGAGCCAGUGCACCUGGGCUGAGUCAGGGACUGAAUGAGGAUAGUGCAGACCGUGGAGGAGCCUGAAGACCUGGAGGCGCCCACUACCCACACUUUCAAAGUAAAGACCUUCAAAAAGGUGAAGCCCUGCGGCAUCUGCCGGCAAGUGAUCACCCGAGAAGGAAGCGUCUGUAAAGUCUGCAGCUUCUCCUGUCAUCGGAAAUGCGAGGCCAAGGUGGCUGCCCCCUGCAUUCCUCCUUCUAGCCAUGAACUGGUGCCCGUUAAGACUGAGAGUGCACCCAAGAAUGUAGUAGACACGGGGGAAGGAGCCUUCCGAGGGGGAACCACGCCCAAGAGCCUCGAGCAAGAAGGCUCCACUAAAAUCACCAAGAGCCCCCAACUCCGGCCCCAGAUUGUCAGGAACGUGAGCAUCAGCCAGACCAUGGAGGACAACUGUGAACUGGACCUCGUGUAUGUGACGGAGAGGAUCAUUUCCGUCUCUUUCCCCAGCACCACCGAUGAGGAGAACUUCCGAAACAACAUCCGAGAGGUGGCCCAAAUGCUCAAGUCCAAACACGGGGGCAAUUACCUGCUUUUCAACCUGUCUGAGCGGAGACACGACAUCACGAAGCUCCACUCCAAGGUGCUGGACUUUGGUUGGCCUGAUUUGCACACUCCCGCCCUGGAGAAGAUAUGUAGCGUUUGCAAGGCCAUGGACACGUGGCUCAACGCCAACCCACACAACGUUGUGGUCCUGCACAACAAGGGAAACCGAGGCAGGACUGGAGUUGUCAUUGCUGCUUACAUGCACUACAGCAAUAUUUCUGCCAGUGCUGACCAGGCCCUGGAUCGAUUUGCAAUGAAGAGAUUCUAUGAGGAUAAAGUGGUUCCUGUAGGGCAGCCGUCCCAGAAGAGGUACGUCCAUUACUUCAGUGGACUGCUCUCUGGCUCCAUCAAAAUGAACAACAAGCCUUUGUUCCUACACCACGUCAUUAUGCACGGCAUUCCCAACUUUGAAUCCAAAGGAGGUUGUCGACCCUUCCUCAGGAUCUACCAGGCCAUGCAACCUGUCUACACUUCUGGAAUCUACAAUGUACAAGGAGACAGCCAGACCAGCAUCUGUAUCACCAUUGAGCCUGGAUUGCUUCUGAAGGGAGACAUCUUGUUGAAAUGUUAUCACAAAAAGUUCCGAAGCCCAUCCCGGGAUGUCAUUUUCCGAGUGCAGUUCCACACGUGUGCCAUCCAUGACCUAGGAGUUGUCUUUGGGAAGGAGGACCUGGAUGAUGCCUUCAAAGAUGAUCGGUUUCCAGAGUAUGGCAAAGUAGAAUUUGUGUUUUCUUAUGGCCCUGAGAAGAUUCAAGGCAUGGAACAUCUGGAGAAUGGGCCAAGUGUGUCUGUGGACUACAACACCUCUGACCCUCUCAUCCGCUGGGACUCGUACGACAAUUUCAACAUGCACCGAGAGGACAGCAUGGAAGAGGUGGUGGGACACACCCAAGGUCCACUGGAUGGGAGUCUCUAUGCCAAAGUGAAGAAGAAGGACUCCUUGCACGGCAGCACAGGCGCGGUCAAUGCCAUCCGCCCCACUCUCUCAGCCACCCCCAACCACGUGGAGCACACCCUGUCAGUGAGCAGCGACUCCGGGAAUUCCACCGCUUCCACCAAGACCGACAAGACCGAUGAGCCAGCCGGGCCUCUCAAUGCUCCUGUGUCCCUGAGCCCUGAGGAGAAACGUGAGCUGGAGAGGCUCCUGAGUGGUUUUGGCUUGGAGCGGGAGAAGCAAGGGCCCAUGUACCACCCCCGCCACCUCAUCUCCCGCCAGCAUGGGGGACCCGCCGUCCCCUCUUCGGGACGCCACGUCGUCCCUGCCCAGGUCCACGUCAACGGUGGGGCCCUGACGUCCGAGCGGGAGACGGACAUCCUGGACGAUGAGCUGCCCAACCAGGAUGGACACAGUGUUGGCAGCCUGGGCACUCUGUCCUCCCUGGACGGGGUCACCAACACCAGUGAGGGGGGUUACCCCGAGGCCAUGUCUCCACUGACCAAUGGCCUGGACAAGCCAUACCCAACGGAGCCCAUGGUGAAUGGCAGCAGCUAUCCCUAUGAGACCCACGCCAGGGCUCCCCUCUCUCAGACGGUCCAUGGGGCCCCCAUGCGACCCUCGUACUCAGCCCAGGAGGACCUCUCUGGGUACCAGCGGGAAGGCCCACAGUUGGGAUGGCAGCAGUCAGGGGCUAACCCCCACUAUGGUUACGAUGCCAACGGGAUGUACCGCUCUCAGUCCUUUCCAGAAACUGAGCCUCAGCUGCCCCAAGCCCCAGCCCGUGGUGGGAGCAGUCGAGAAGCCGUGCAACGGGGACUGAACUCCUGGCAGCAGCAGCAGCAGCAGCAGCAGCAGCCUCACCCACCUCCACGCCAGCAGGAGAGAGCUCGCCUAGAGAGGCACACACCCAGUGGGCCCAGUCCCCAGCCUCAGGUGGAGGCUUCAGCCUCUGGCCUCCCAGAACUCCCCAGGGCAGCCUCCCAGAAGGAGAUUGAGCAGUCUAUUGAAGCACUCAACAUGUUAAUGCUUGACCUGGACCCUGCCUCAUCCGCCUCCCCCUUGCACAAGUCACAGAGCGUCCCUGGGGCCUGGCCAGGUGCUUCUCCCCUGGCCUCCCAGCCUCCUCCUGGCCUCUCCCAUCAGUCCCAGCCUCUGGCCCAGUCAAGAUCAGGCUAUAUCUCGAAGGGACAUCUCCAGGGAACACCCGAACCAGCGGUCCGCACCUUGCUGGAGUCGGCCUCACCCGGAAGGCCUUAUUCUCCCUAUGAUUACCAGCCAUCAACCGGUCAGAGUUACCAGCCCAGAAGUCCAGCCUCUUCUUCUGCUCCUGCUUUCCCACCUUCCUCGAGCUCUCCAGGGCCUCGCCAACCUCCAGCAUCCCUCCCUGGCCUCACUACUCAACCUCAACUCCCACCCAAGGAGACUGGUUCAGAUCCCUCCCGGACCCCUGAGGAAGAGCCCUUGAACCUGGAGGGGCUGGUGGCUCACAGGGUGGCAGGGGGUGCAGGCUCGAGAAAAGCAGAUAGCAGAGCUCUUCCAACACUCCGGAGACGAGCAUCCAGUGAUGGACAGUAUGAGAACCAUUCUCCAGAGCCCACUUCCCCUCGGAGUCCUGGGGUACGGUCACCAGUACAGUGUGUUUCCCCAGAGCUGGCCCUCACCAUCGCCCUCAAUCCAGGAGGACGGCCCAAAGAGCCCCAUCUGCAUAGCUACAAGGAGGCCUUUGAAGAAAUGGAGGGGGCCGCUCCGGCCAGUCCACCUCCCAGCGGUGGUGAGAACUCUCCCCCAACCCCUGACUUCCCUGUGUCGCCUCAAACCCCUUAUGUCAACCUUAGCCUGUUGCGCUCUCCUCCAGGUCUUGCCAAGACGCCCCUUUCUGCCCUGGGACUGAAACCCCACAAUCCAGCGGACAUUCUGCUCCACCCCACCGGAGAGGAAGAUGAGGAGAAGGUGGUAACUGAGUUUUUUGCAGAGCCCAGGAGCUAUGUUGAGUCUGUGGCUCGAACGGCUGUGGCUGGACCCCGAACCCAGGACACUGAGCCCAAGAGCCCAACUAUCCUGAGUACACAGAAUUAUGGUUCUGAGACACCCCUGAGGAAUGGAACUCUGGGCAACUCCUUUGCCCCACCCAGUCCCGUCUCAACCAGCAGUCCCCUCCUUGGCACUGACAGCACAUCUGUGGGGAGUUUCCCAUCAGCAGAAAGCAGCGGCCUCAGUGCCAGGACUCCCACCCAACCUGUGGCAGAUGCUAGUUUCCACUCUGGUAGCCUAGGGCAACCUUCUCCUGCACAGAGCAGUUACCAGAACGCCUCCCCCACCACCCUGCCAGCGGCCAGCAGUGGCCACCGAAGUCCUGACUACUUCUCUCCAGACGGCCGGCCCCAGUCUCAGUUCACCGUGGCUGGUGUCCACACCCUGCCUGGGAGCCCUCAGACUCUCCACCGGACGGUGGGGACCAACACUCCUCCUAGCCCAGGCUUCGGUCGGCGGGCAGUCAACGCUGGCAUGGCGGCCUCUUCUCUUGGUAGCCCCGGUCUGAGCCGUCGCCAGGUCUCAAGUCCCCAUGGUAACACAGUGGCUGGCCUCCAUGGCAAUGUCAUCGCCAGCCCCCAGGGCAGUUUGGCUGCUUCCCCAGGAAGCCCUAGCCUGGGCCGCCACCCCGCCAGCACCGUCCACAGCAAUUCGGUCACCACUCCAGGAAGUCCCAGCUUGAGCCGCCAUGUUGCAGGCCUAGGAGGGGCUGGGCCAGUGGUCCCAGGCAGCCCUAGCAUGGACAGGCAUGCAGCCUAUGGUGGUUAUUCUACUCCAGAGGAUAGGAGGCCUACUCUGUCCCGACAGAGCAGUGCCUCAGGCUACCAGGCUCCCUCCACGCCCUCCUUCCCAGUCUCCCCAGCCUACUAUCCUGGUAUAAGCAGUCCAACAUCCUCCUCUCCUGAUUCUGCCACGGCCUUCCGGCAAGGAAGCCCUACACCUGCCUUGCCCGAGAAGCGGAGAAUGUCAGCAGGGGAUCGGGCAGGCAGCCUCCCCAACUAUGCCACCGUCAAUGGGAAAGUGUCCUCAUCCCCCAUCUCCAGCGGCAUGUCCAGUCCCAGCGGGGGCAGCAUGGUCUCCUUCUCCCACACCCUUCCUGACUUUUCCAAGUUCUCCAUGCCAGACAACAGCCCCGAGACCCGGGCUAAUGUUAAGUUUGUCCAGGACACAUCCAAGUAUUGGUACAAACCUGAGAUCUCCAGGGAGCAGGCCAUCACAUUACUUAAGGACCGGGAACCGGGAGCCUUCAUCAUUCGGGAUAGCCACUCUUUUCGGGGAGCUUAUGGGUUGGCCAUGAAAGUGGCAUCUCCCCCUCCCACAAUCCUUCAGCAGAGUAAGAAAGGAGACAUGACCAAUGAGCUAGUGAGGCAUUUCCUCAUUGAGACCAGCCCCAGAGGGGUGAAGCUAAAAGGAUGUCCGAAUGAGCCAAACUUUGGAUGUCUCUCUGCUUUGGUCUACCAGCACUCUAUCAUCCCACUGGCUCUCCCCUGCAAGCUGGUCAUUCCAAACCGAGAUCCAACAGAUGAGACAAAAGAGAGUUCAUCUGCCAAUUCUACCACAGAUCUACUGAAACAAGGGGCAGCCUGCAAUGUGCUUUUUGUCAAUUCUGUCGACAUGGAGUCACUCACAGGGCCCCAGGCCAUCUCUAAAGCCACAGCUGAGACGCUGGCUGCAGACCCCACACCUGCUGCCACUAUUGUCCACUUCAAGGUCUCCGCCCAGGGGAUUACGUUGACCGACAACCAGAGGAAGUUGUUCUUCAGGCGACAUUAUCCCCUCAACACUGUUACCUUCUGUGACUUGGACCCACAAGAACGGAAGUGGACAAAAGCAGAGGGGGGUGUGCCCGCUAAGCUCUUCGGUUUCGUGGCCAGGAAGCAAGGCAGCACCACGGACAACGCCUGCCACCUCUUUGCGGAGCUAGAUCCCAACCAACCUGCCGCGGCCAUUGUCAACUUUGUUUCCAAGGUCAUGCUCAGUGCUGGCCAGAAGAGAUGAGCCUGUCAGGGGCCAGGGCAGCUGGGAUUGGGGCACAUGGGGAAGGGGACCCUUGAAUCCAGAAGGAAGGAGUGGGGCCAAUUUUUGGAGAAGGAGAGAGGAAAGUGCAGUGCGGGAAGAGGGAAGUGAAUUCAAAGAGGAGGAGGAGGAGAGAGGAAAAAUGGAUGGAAGAACAACAUAGAGCCUAUUGGGUGAAUGGAAACUUAAAAAAAACCAAAACAACCAACCCAACACCCCAAAUAUUCAACUAACCAAGACCAUGUGACCUCCUUCCUACCCAUGGGAUUUUUUCAUGGGGGGAAGGGUGCAAAGUGGUAAAUACCCUCUGGGAUUUUCUUUUAGGACCAUGGCUAAAGUAGACCCCCAUCUCCCUAAAUUAACAAGCUUGCAAGGAAAAAUCACAAGCUGAAAGAUUCCUCCUUUGGACACCUGUGAGGUGUAUUUAUCAAACAAAAUAGGAGGGAAAUCCAAGACAACCCUUUUAUCCUUUAAUAAGCAUUACACACCCCAAGGUAUACUCAGGUCUCUGUUCUGCAAUGGCUAUGCAUAUGUAUAAGUACCUGCGUGUAUUAGACAUAUAACUCCAGAUUCAGCUGUAUAGAUAAUAUGCGCAUGAAGUUGGCUUUCCUCCCCAAAGAUGAUCUCUACCAUCUCCUGGGGUCACUGUAGAACCAGGAAUAUAUCAGGGAAGGGGCCUAUAUCUUUACCCAGAAUCACCCUGGAGUGUGGAUGUCAGCUCAGGACCUCAUUUCAUCCCAGCCAGUCACCUCUGGCAACCUUUGGAUGGUUCCUCAUUCUCCUCCUCAGACACACAAGAGCAGGAAGCAGAUGUCUGCUGCUUCUGAGCACUGCACUAAAGGAUAUCCCCACGCAAGGCAACACCCCUGCUUUGUCAUGGCCUUGAGGCUGGGGAACUUUGGUCCCGGGGAGAUGUGCAAACCCGAAACCUUCAAGAAGGUCUGGAGAGAGUUGGGAGAAUGGGAUAGGAGGAGAAGCAGAGGAUGCUGAGCACUUACCCAUGGUCCUCUAGACAUGUGGGGCAAGACGUGUCCCUCCCAUUCUCCCUAGGGCUAACUGCUGUCCCUGACAUCUCCUACCCCACUCUUUGUGCCUUGGAUCCUAAACCUUUCCCUGGAUCUAGCUUCUUAGACUUGCUCACAAGACAAUGUCUAUCGGGAUUAUAGGGAUUUAGCCACCCUGCCAUUUUGGAAGCUAAGAAUCCUGUUGGACUCUUCUUCAGAAAGUUCUGCCCAAUUUUGCCUUCAGGAAGUCCAAGGGGGAAGACUCAACCCUUGCCCUCCUCUCCACAAGUGCUUUAGGAGUGUUUGGCUUUCCCUGUCACAUGCAGGCUCAGCCUCCCUGGAGAACAGAUGUCUGUCACCAUCCUGGCUGGGCCAGACCAUGUUGUCCUCAGGCCUGGUCACAUCUCCAGGGCAGACAACCCACCUGCAUGCUCACUGGGUAGACUACUUUACAAUGCCAAAGUCCCUCUUUCCCCCUACCUUGUAUCUCCAAAAGAACCAAACCAUAUGGGGUAGAAGACAUGAGAACAAGCCUAGGAGUCCCAUACUCCGAAGAAAUCCAAACCAGAAACACGAACUCAUUGUUAUCCAAUGGCUUUGGCUCCCUGAGCCCACUUGGCUUCCCUAGUAAGUGGCAUUGUACUGAAAUAUAAAUAUAUAUAUAUAUAUAUAUAUAAUAUAUACAUGAGAUAUACUGAUGGAAUACUGUAAGCUAAUCAAGUUUAAGAAAAGGAAAAAAAGACAGGUAAAUUGACAAAAAAUAUUUAUUUUUUUUUCCAUAUUGCUUUAUCAAUUCCCUAUGGGUAUAUACUAUAUCCCGCCCCUUCCUGUAUGGGCUCUUGUAUGUAUAACUAAAGCCUGAGAGAUAAGAGACCUUAUAUUUGGAUUAUCCCUGAACCACCUCCCUUCAACCUUGUCCUUCACUAUAUUCAUGAGGUGGGGGUGUGGAAAGUUGAGUGGUUCAUCCCAGGGUAAGGCUGUGUACAUCUGUUCCCUUCAUCAUUAGCCCCUUAAGUUUCCCUUUAAACCCAAGGCUCAGCACCCAAGAUGUGAGGAGCUGAACGCCGUUGCCAAAGGCCCUUUGCAUGUGUGCUUGCGUGGAGGUGGAGGUUUCAGGAUGUGUAUGGAGGAUAUGGAUGGCAUGUGUAUUAUCAUUUGUGUACCUUUUCAUAUUUUUCCCCUCCAAAAUAAUGUAAGUGCAUGGCAAUGCUGUUUCAGGGAGUUGGAAAUGAGAAUGGUUUGUAGAAGGUAGGGAGCAGAGGUGAAUCUGCUCCCCAUUAGUAAGUAAGACAAUGAGUCUUUGUGACUAAAGUUGCUCAAAAGUCCCCUUCCUUCUGAGAAAUUCAAGCUAGACACCUGAAUUUUUUAACCCUUUCCUUACUAGCCCAUCAACUCUAGCUCUGUGCCCAAAUAGAGAAAGACAUAUAUUUUGCUCUUUGUCAAGUAAAGAGUUUUCCACCUUCAUUUUACCACUGCUCAACCUGGAGAAUUCUGGGCUCCUGGUCUGGAUCCUUUAACACUGCUUCAUGUCAAAUGAAUUGCCAGACCCCCUCAUCACCCAGCUCCAGGGCCCCAGGCUAAGAUCUGGGACCAGCUUUCACAUUCAUUUCUCUCUCACCUGGUGCCACUGACUGUCUCAUUUCCUAGUUUUGGCCAUCACCAGUCUUGCUUUUGGCUAACCCUGACGACCCUGUUUUUGAGGGGACUCUUGUUUAAACUUUGAAAGCAAACUGUCCCCUCAUACCACCCAAGAUCACUUUAAGAAGAACCAACUUCCUAGAACCUAAUGUUCCUAUUCUGGACAUGUUUAGAGGAACUUGGAGUCACUAGUUUUGACUUUCCAGGGAAUCUAAUGGGGGAAGAGAAUUGUGUUCAAAUCUUGGAGUGGGUGCCAUCUUUGAGUAAGGUGCUGGUAGGAUGAGACCAUGUGGAGUUAGGUGUCAGAGAUUGUAUCUCACAGGUAGGCAUGAACACACACACAGAGCACUGCAAUAUAUUCUUGCCAAAGAUUUCCUUUAAAAAGAAAGCACUUUUAAUUUUUUUUGUAAAUGACUGUAUCUUUCUCAUACCGCCUUCUUCCCUCUCCCAACCCUCUUUGCUAUUGAUUUAUGUUGUUAUGUCGAUAUCUGUUUGCCAAUCCACUUGGGAAUGUUAGAUCUUUCCAUCUUGAAGCCAGGCUCAGAUAUGGAAGAAAAGGACAGGCCUGAAAGUAAUUGACAGAGGAGAGAGGGCUAUCUUUCACUCAAGCCUCAGUCAGAGUGAUGACAAUAUAUGAUUUGUCACCACUCACUACACACACACACACACACACACACACACACACACCCCCUUGGCCUUCUCUCACCUAGCACCAUUCUAAGUCAGGAUGAGAGCUCUCUUGGGUUUCCAAGACAGGAUGAGGAUGUAAUAAGAGCAUCCCCAUGGGAGAGAGGAGAGGCAAAAGAACUCUUAACAAGCUAGGUUCAGUAUAGAAUUUGGGGAGCUUCUUUAGGCAUGAGAAGAGGAAAAAGAAAAUGUGAACCGAUGCUGAGAGAUUAGGUGAAUGGGGAGCAAAUCUGUAGUUUCACCCACUUCAAAUGCCCCCUCCCCUUCUCCUGACCAAGAUCUCUUUAUCACUGUCCCAGGGGCCCUGUUCUCCUUUGUUCUGCCUAGCUUGUUUUUUUCCUUUUGCAUUAUAAGUGGCAUGUGCAUUGAAAAGGGCAUUUCCCCCCUUUUCUUCUCCCUAAGAAGAGAGGCUAUAUCUUAGCCUUGUGGGGAAGUCCCUCCAAACCUGAGCACUUCCCUUGGGUAGAUAGGAACAUUUUGCGGGGAAUAAUGGCCAUGUCUACCAUCACUGAAGGGGGAAUUUCUGGGUAAAUUAGGGUCCCAGACAGGAGAGGAGGGUGGAGGUAUGUUUGUGUGUAUGAGCGAGAACCCCACAAAAUAAAAAUUAUUAGAAGGGCUUUCAGGAAGAGAUGAGUGAGUAUAGGGAAUUCCAGUCACUCUGAUCUGAUUGGGACCAGAUUGAGAGGUCAUUGACCCAGAGGAUAUGUGAAGAGAAUCUUUCCUAGGUUGCCCACUCAGUGACCAUCAUCCCUUCUGUUCUGGUCUGGGUCUCUUUUCUGCUUUGCUUUCCCCAGCUUCAGCAACACUGGAUAGAAAGCAGGGCUCUUGUUGUCUUUUAGACCUGUCCCUGGCACAUCCCAAGCCUAGGCCUUUUAUCUGCUAAGACGCAGAAGUUUCCUUCUGUAACAUAGGAAAGGUGGGUGUGGGUAUAUGCGUGUGUGCGGGUGUGUGAUACCUAUCAUUUUAGGGAACUGGUGCGUAUGUGUGUAUGGGAGGAUGUGUGUAUGGGGAUGGGUGAAACUCGCAGGAGGCAGUGGAAAGUCUGGUACGAAAUCACCUUCAGGCAAAAGGAAUUGGGAGGUGAGGCCCAGAGGGUCACAUAGUUGGCUUUAGGCUCAGUCUUGGUUUUGUCUGAUCGAUUGAGAAAAUCAUGAGGCAGAAUGAGUGUCCCAGGGGGUUGUUCUGCGCCUCCCUAAGCCCCAUUUCCUAGAGUCUGGGAAGUAUGGGAGGGCUUUCUUUUCUUCCCAUUCCUUUGCUGUUCCUAGCAGCCUGAAUCUUGUUGGGGGGGGAUGGGAUAUUCCAAAUUAAUGUUCUAAUCAGUGUUAAGUAGUUUGAAGCCCAUGUGUGUGUGUGUGUGUGUGUGUGUGUAUAAGUGCAUAGAUGUUUGUUUUGUUUUUGUGUUUCCCCCUCUUCCUGUCUCAAAUGUCAUUGAAAGCAAAUGUAAGAAAUUCCUCCCCACCCUGCUAACCCCACUCCAGAUAUAAUAACCCUAUCCUUUCCUAUCCUCCCCAGCUAUGUAUUUAUAUAGAUGGAAAUAUACUUUAUAUUUUGUAUCAUUGUGCCCAUAACUUUUGCCACCUUGUAUAAAAUCUGACUUAUGUUACUCAUCCCGGGUAUGAAUGUAUUGUACACUGAUGCUCUCCUCCCACUCUGUACAGUGGCCUUUGUUUCUUUGCGACCCAUUGUAUGGCUUUAUAAAUGAUAAAGUUAAAAAAAAAUCCAA